AUGACCACGCAACCUCCUUUAGAAGAUGGCCAAUUUAUCUCAGAGGCGGUCGCGCAGCAUUCUCUGCUUCAGCAAGCACAAGCUGCUGCCGCCGCUGUCGUCCAGACUGAGACCGCAGGACCAACGAGGCAGGAAGCCCUCUUGCAAAACACUGACCUCCUCACUCCCGAUACGAAAGACGAUGAAGUCCCACCUCCUCCAUACGGCGACACAUAUGGCGAAAUCCGUAACGAAAAAGAUGGCUUAGGCACCAGCGCAUCCGUUACCGACGACGGCCGUGUCAAUAUUCGCAUCAAUCAGCUCAACCGUCGUUUAUCCCAAGUGUUUACUCCUGCUUUACGUGAACACCUCAAAAGUGUUCAAGAUAGUAGUCCGCCUCCUCCCGCGUACAUCCCACCCUCACUAGGAGGCGAUGAGGGAGCUCCUCCACCCCCGCCCUUGAAUGUCGUCAUUCAAGUCGUCGGCUCGCGCGGAGACGUGCAACCCUUUGUUGCUUUGGGGAAAGUCUUGAAAGAAACUUAUGGUCAUCGCAUACGUUUAGCGACCCACCCGAAUUUCAAGGAGUUUGUGCAAGAGAAUGGCCUAGAGUUCUUUAGUAUCGGUGGCGAUCCCUCCCAACUGAUGGCAUUUAUGGUCAAGAAUCCUGGACUGAUGCCGGGCUUUCGCAGUCUAGCGAGUGGAGAUGUCGGACGACGAAGAAGAGAUGUUGCCGAAUACAUCCAAGGCUGCUGGCGAUCGUGUUACGAAACAGGUGAUGGAACUACCGAUGAUAACCCCUCAGGUUCCUUUGGAAACGACUUUGGUUCCGAUGCUGCACCAAGAUCUUUUCCCUUCAUUGCGGACUGUAUCAUAGCCAAUCCACCGAGUUUUGCACAUAUUCAUUGCGCAGAGAAACUGGGGAUACCGCUCCAUAUCAUGUUCACUAUGCCAUACUCUCCUACUCAGGCUUUCCCUCAUCCUCUGGCCAACAUCCAGUCUUCCAAUGCCGAUCCACAACUUACGAAUUAUAUAAGUUAUGUUAUGAUUGAGGCUCUUACGUGGCAGGGCCUGGGUGACAUCAUCAACCGGUUCCGCGCCAAAUGUCUCGGUUUAGAUCCCGUGAGUAUGAUUUGGGCCCCUGGAAUGCUUCAGCGUCUCAAAGUUCCUCACACGUACUGCUGGUCUCCAGCUCUGAUCCCGAAAACAAAAGACUGGGGUCCUCACAUAUCCAUCUCUGGGUUUUAUUUCCUCAACCUGGCCUCCAACUACACCGCUGCUCCUGAUCUCCAAGCAUUUCUUGACGCCGGCCCGCCUCCGGUCUAUAUAGGGUUUGGAAGUAUCGUCUUGGAUGAUCCCAACGCCAUGACGGAACUCAUUUUUGAAGCCGUGAAGAAGAUCGCGGAUGGUCGGCGUGUCCUACUUUCCAAAGGAUGGGGAGGCAUGGGCGCAGACGAGCUUCAUGUACCUGAAAGCGUCUUCAUGCUAGGCAAUGUGCCGCAUGACUGGCUUUUCAAGCACGUUUCUUGUCGGCCAACAUUGGUCAUUCCUUUCUUCGGAGACCAGCCUUUUUGGGGUGCUAUGAUUGCGCGAGCUGGUGCCGGCCCCGAUCCAAUCCCGUACAAGCAACUCACAUCGGAUAAAUUAGCGGAUGCAAUCAACUUCUGCUUGAAGCCCGAGAGUCUGAACCGCGCCAAAGACCUGGCAAGCAAGAUUGCGGCGGAGCGAGGCUGCGACAUGGGUGCUCAGUCGUUUCAUCAAUAUCUAGAAGCUGACCGACUCCGUUGUACACUUGCACCAUCUCGAGUAGCUGUGUGGCGCAUCAAGCGCACCCAGGUCAGGCUGAGCGCUUUCGCUGCAUGUACUUUGGCAAACGCGAAUCUUUUGGAUUUCCACGAUCUGAAGCUUUUUAGACCACAAGAAUAUUGUACGGACGAAGGUCCUUGGGAUCCCUUAUCUGGGUUCUUCACGGCGGCUUGCAGGGCUUUAGGUAGCAUGUCCAUGGGAAUAGCUGAUCUCCCCUCCGAGACAGUGAAGGCUGUACAAGCUCCGUUCGGACCUAGUCGAUCGCAGUCCCAAGCAUCAGUACAGACUGUCGCGAAGAGAAGCGAACCAUCACUUUUGGAGGAGAGUUCAGCUUCGUCAGCUGUGUCAGAGGAGCUUCAGACGAGUUCAAAUAUGCAGGAAUCUCUUGUUCGUGCUCAGACCCUUCCCAAUUUUCCCAGCUCGCCAUCUCGUACUUCAAGUGUAGGAUCAAGCUCUACGUCCGCUCACAAGGACCAUGACAUGAUGCGCCCCACUGGUCUGCGCACGAGCAGGGGAUUUGGGCGUAUUGUAAAGGCAGGUAUACAAUCACCUAUGGAACUUUCGGUGGGUAUCACUAAGGGGUUUCACAACGCUCCUAAGCUCUGGGGUGACGAUACUGUACGCCCUCAAGAAAAGGUCAGUGACCUCAAGUCAGGCAUGAAGGCAGUAGGAAGAGAGUUUGGAUUUGGCUGGUACGAUGGCGUUACUGGCCUAUUCACUCAGCCCUGGAAAGGUGCUCAGAAGGAAGGUGCCAGCGGCUUCUUUAAAGGAAUUGGUAAAGGCAUUGGAGGAUUUAUAACCAAACCAGGCGCAGCUCUCUUUGGCAUUCCUAGUCAUAUGAUGAAGGGAGUACACAAGGAAGUGCAAAAGCUAUUUGGUAACAAUGUGCAAACGUACAUCAUCACAUCUAGGACAGCUCAAGGAUAUCAAGAGUGGCUGCAGAGCUCCGAUGCAGAAAAAGAGGAUGCCAUCGCUCGGUGGAGGAUGAUUCAAAAGUACUUGAAGAAAAAGAACGCCGCUGACGAGAUGGUGCAAGAUAUGUUAGACGCUCAGCGAAAAGCAAAGAUGGGGAACCGAGAGGGCCACCAAGAUUCUGCAAUUACCGCGAGUUCAGCCCAGUCCGCAGAUACUACUACCCAAGAUCUCGCAAGUGCUACGCUCACCACGGGUAGUUUGCAGUACCCUUUGCACGCUGCUAACACCAGUCCGGAAGGGUCGCUAGGAGCGGGCGAGAUCAAUGAAACCAUCCGUCAGUUAGUCCAAGAGACAUCACGAGGAGACGCUGAAGAAGAUUCCGACGUUGAGCAUGUGAUCCGAGAAAGCGUUUCUCAGCUCCAACGCCAACGACAAGAAGAUAUGAAUCAUCAGGCAGAUCACGAGCUGCUUCAGGCGAUGGCAUCCAGUGAAGUCGAAGCCCGGCGACACGCAAGUGAAGCCUUGGAGUACGAGGAGCAGUUGAAGCAAGUCAUAGCACAGAGCCUGGUAGAACAGCGAAACAUGAGCAGCGACGGCGAGGGAAAGGGUCUUCAUAGCGAGCGGACACGAGAAACGACAAAACAAAUAGCAAGGAAGGCGGUACCCAUGGCUGAUGGACCAUCAGGUACUCAGCCACCCCCUUCGUAUGAUCAUAGCCACCUCGCAGGCACCACACAGGAUGAAUUCCAGGCCCAGCAUCGAGGAGAGAAAACGACACAGGAGAAGACAGAAGAAGAGAUUGUGAUGGAAUAUGUCAAGAAGCAAAGUGUCCUGGAAACGCACCAUCAAAACAAAGGCAAAGGCCGUGCUUCAGCAACAGAGGAUGAUGACGAGGAAGACUUGCAGAAGGCGUUGAGCUUGAGUAUGCAGGGGCAUGAAUGA